CCUGUAAUGUUAGUAAGGUUGUAUUACAGUAUGAAGUCUCAGAUCUUCCUCCUGCUGUUGGUUUAACUGUCUUUAACAAUGUGGCUUUAUAAUCUUUUGCUGGGUUUUGACCUUAAGGGGCUAUUCCUGUUUAUUUUCAUUUUUAUCAUAAUAGCAGAUUUCCUCAAAAACAGGAAUCCACCAAAUUACCCUCCAGGACCGUUGGCUCUUCCCAUUGUGGGGAAUUUCUUUAGUGUGGACAGUAAACAGCCACACAUUUAUUUCACCAAGCUGGCUGACGUCUAUGGGAAUGUGUUCAGCGUCCGCCUCGGCAGUGACAAGAUGGUGUUUGUGUCUGGGUACAAGAUGGUGAAGGAAGCCAUAGUGACACAAGCCAACAACUUUGUGGAUCGACCAUACAGUGCAACUCAGUACAGGAAUUACUCAGGAGACUCAGCUGGUCUGUUCACAAGCAAUGGUGAAACAUGGAAGAGACAGCGACGCUUUGCUUUGUCUACCUUACGUACCUUCGGCCUGGGCAAAAGCACCUUGGAGCAGAGCAUCUGUGAGGAGAUCCGACAUCUGCAGGAGGAGAUAGAGAAGGAGAAAGGUGAACCUUUCAACCCAGCAAGUCUCUUCAACAAUGCUGUGUCCAACAUCAUUUGCCAGCUGGUGAUGGGGAAGCGGUUUGACUACAGCGACCACAACUUCAAGAUCAUGCUGAAGCAUCUGUCUGAACUUUUUCGGCUGCAGGGCUCUAUUUGGGGUCUGGUAAGUUAGUAAUAUUCAUUUAGUUCAAUCCUCGUCAGAGAGACAGCAUUUUCAUGGAAUUCUGGGAGUCAAUCCUUCUUAACCAACUGAGAGGCCCAAGUCUGUUGUCAAAGUUGAUAACAAAAGGUGAAGGGUGAUGUGAAUGAAAGUUUCUCUCAUCUACUGUUUUCUUCUGUGUAGCUGUAUGAGUCAUUCCCCGGAUUGAUG